CCCCGCCAGGUCCGCUCUCCUCCUCCACCCCCGGCGCGGACGGGGUGGAUCCGGCACAGUCCCCUCCCCCGAGCGCAGGCGGCGGGCGCUGAAUGAGAGACCCAGGCGACUCGGGCGGGCGUGUGCUACCCCUGGCGGCUGCGGCAGCGGCGGAGCGUGAGGCCGGCGUCCCCCUUCCAUCCUCCGAGGCGACCGCCGCGGCUGCCAGAAAUAAUGUAUCUGUGGCCCUGGACAUGAAGUAAUCAGUCCUCUGUUGCUGCUGACAUAGGGUCAGGGACUGAUGAGGGAAGCAUGGACUUAAUGAACGGACAAGCAAGCAAUGUUAAUAUUCCAGCUACCGCUUCUGAGAAAAGUAGCAGCUCUGAAUCAUUAAGUGACAAAGGUUCUGAACUGAAGAAAAGCUUUGAUGCGGUGGUAUUUGAUGUUCUUAAGGUUACACCAGAAGAAUAUGCGGGUCAGAUAACACUAAUGGAUAUCCCAGUAUUUAAAGCUAUUCAACCAGAUGAGCUCUCAAGUUGUGGAUGGAAUAAAAAAGAAAAAUAUAGUUCUGCACCAAAUGCAGUGGCCUUCACAAGAAGAUUUAAUCAUGUGAGCUUUUGGGUUGUUAGAGAGAUUCUUCAUGCUCAAACAUUAAAAAUUAGAGCAGAAGUUCUGAGCCAUUAUAUUAAAACUGCUAAGAAACUGUAUGAGCUGAAUAAUCUUCAUGCACUUAUGGCAGUGGUAUCUGGCUUACAGAGUGCCCCAAUUUUCAGGUUAACUAAAACAUGGGCGUUAUUAAGUCGAAAAGACAAAACUACCUUUGAAAAAUUAGAGUAUGUAAUGAGUAAAGAAGAUAACUACAAAAGACUCAGAGACUAUAUAAGUAGCUUAAAGAUGACACCUUGCAUUCCCUAUUUAGGUAUCUAUUUGUCAGAUUUAACAUACAUUGAUUCAGCAUAUCCAUCAACUGGCAGCAUUCUAGAAAAUGAGCAAAGAACAAAUUUAAUGAAUAACAUCCUGCGGAUAAUUUCUGAUUUACAGCAGUCCUGUGAAUAUGAUAUUCCCAUGUUGCCUCACGUCCAAAAAUAUCUGAACUCUGUUCAGUACAUAGAAGAACUACAAAAAUUUGUGGAAGAUGAUAAUUACAAGCUGUCAUUAAAGAUAGAACCAGGGACAAGCACACCACGGUCUGCUGCUUCCAGGGAAGACUUAGUAGGUCCUGAAGUAGGCGCAUCACCACAGAGUGGAAGAAAAAGUAUAGCAGCUGAAGGAGCCUUGCUGCCACAGACCCCUCCGUCCCCUCGGAACCUGAUUCCACAUGGACACAGAAAGUGCCACAGCUUGGGUUAUAAUUUCAUUCAUAAAAUGAACACAGCCGAGUUUAAGAGUGCAACGUUCCCAAAUGCAGGGCCAAGACAUCUGUUAGAUGAUAGCGUCAUGGAGCCUCAUGCACCAUCUCGAGGCCAAGCUGAAAGUUCCACUCUUUCUAGUGGAAUAUCAAUAGGUAGCAGUGAAGGUUCUGAACUAAGUGAGGAGACCUCAUGGCCUGCUUUUGAAAGGAACAGAUUAUACCAUUCUCUCGGCUCGGUGACAAGAGUGGCACGAAAUGGCUGUCGAAGCCACAUGAAGGCCAGCAGUUCUGCAGAGUCAGAAGAUUUGGCAGUACAUUUAUAUCCAGGAGCAGUUACUAUUCAAGGUGUUCUCAGGAGGAAAACUUUGUUAAAAGAAGGCAAAAAGCCAACAGUGGCAUCUUGGACAAAAUAUUGGGCAGCCUUGUGUGGAACACAACUUUUUUACUAUGCUGCCAAGUCUCUGAAGGCUACAGAACGCAAACAUUUCAAAUCGACAUCAAAUAAGAAUGUGUCAGUAGUAGGAUGGAUGGUGAUGAUGGCUGAUGACCCAGAACAUCCAGAUCUCUUCCUGCUGACCGAUUCUGAAAAGGGAAAUUCAUACAAGUUUCAAGCUGGCAGUAGGAUGAAUGCAAUGCUGUGGUUUAAGCAUUUGAGUGCAGCCUGCCAAAGCAACAAACAACAGGUUCCUACAAACUUGAUGACUUUUGAGUAGAAACCUGGGGAAGAUGAAGUGAACCCUGCUCCUGAGUGAGAGUGGGACCUACAGAAAGAGCGCCAGCUGCAGACCAUCUGUGCCAGGAAGAGCCCGAGGCUCCAUCUCAGCCUUGGAGUUCUGAACCAAAAAGCACUAAUUUCAGGGAAUGAAGUGAGAUAUUCCCAGAGGACAAAUUGGAGUUACAAAAUAAACUGCCAUGAACCAUGCUUCUUAUCUCAGAACUGACCUGUGGAAACCACUGCCUUAAAAGAAUGAAAGGAAAACCAACAUGAAACACCAAAUAGUGUGUGUGAAUCUUCUGGCGGUGCUGUGCUUGAAAUAGAUUGUAGCUAAUUUGCAUUUCUUUUAUCUUUGUACUAAUUUCAGAGGGGGAAUUAUCUUUUUUAGAUACAGUUUAAAAAAGGAAAAACAUUUCUUAUGGAUUACAUCAGGAUCUGGCUUUGAACUGCAGUGAACAGAUACUUAGAGAUUAUACCAGCAGCCACACACACCCCGCCCCCAGGUUUGUUCUCCCUCCAGUAGUGCAUUCUCACUUGUUUUCUAACAGCAAGAAUGUGGGAAUUGGAAAUGUUAAUUAUGUAAGUUGUCAGGGUUUGUUUUGGAUGGGAGGUGUUUGUCUUGUUUUGGAUAAGGGGACAUCUUUUUAAACUUUUGAAUUUAGUGCUGUGUGGGAAACAUUAUUUCCUGCAGGAGGCACAAAAGCCAAGUGUUCAUAUGCCAGGCAGUUUCUUAAAGUAGGCUCCAGAAAACAUUGUUGUUUCUAACAGGGGUUAAAGCUUAGCUUUACAUGAAUUUUUUGUUGGACCACAGAUCUGCCUAAUAGAGAACUGCAAUCCCAAGCUAAACUUUCCUGAGAAGAUUUUACAAUAACUAGCCUUUUCCCUGAGUUGAUUGAAUUAUCCCUUCUCCCAGUCACAGAUGGUUUUUAUCAGCGAGGGUGAUAAUACUGAUAUUUUGCCAGGAUAUUUUGUUUCACAGUGUUUAAUGUGCAUAAUGCCAGUGUUUUUGUUGUCAUUGUUACAAUUAUUCACUUGUUUUUGUUUAAUAUGAGAUUCAAGAUUGUAUUUGUUUAAAAGAUUGCUUGUUUAUGUUUUAUCAUAAGACAAGAAUUUUAAGAGGGAUAAAGGUGAAAGUUGGAGGUUCUGGAAGUUUUAAGUAUCAAACGUUUCCUCCUUACAUGACUCACCAUGAGCAUACCAAAACAUUUUUUCUGAAAACCUACUAAUAGUUCCCUUACAUGAAACCAUAUUUUGGCAGUGGUUGACUAAGCAGUUUUGACAGAAUUCUUCUAUGCAAUAAUGCAUUUAAUUUCUAAAAUAAAUGUUAAAUUGAAAAUUGAAAAAAAGGGAUGAGGUACCUUAGAUUUCAUAACAAAAAAAUAGCAUUUGAACAAAGAUUCCACAUUAAAUAUUAUAUCCUUGUGAGGCACAAAUUUUAGUAGUGACCUAAGGAGAGAAGUGCUUCUUGAUUGAUGCCUGCUUAUAAACAUCUAUUAUUUUGGGCCUCACAUAAAAUUUCUCACACACCUAGUCUUAGAGAAAUGUAUACUGUAUCAUAUUUUGCCCUCAAGUCCACUUAAAGAAAAUACUACAUGUAUAAUAAUUAGCUAAAAAUUUAUCCAAAGGAAAGCAAGAGCUUUUUCUGAGUGUUUAUAAAUUUCGUUUUUUUGUUUAGGAAGAUAUUAAGAGUUCAAAUACGUUUGUCAUAUGAUAGAAAUACGUUGUUUCUGGGUUUUGGUGACAGGCUGAAGAGGGCAAAAUGUUGCCUGUGCUGAAUGAUUUUUUUCAGUUAAUGAUCUAAGCUUAACCCACGUUGGGUACAUAGAAAGACAUCGUCUGCAUAACCAGCAGUAUUACUAUAGAGACCUUGCACAUCUUACUUUUGUUUUGCAUUUUUAAAAUUUCCUUACUUUAUUUCUCUUUAAAAAUAACUUUUAAGUGUAUUGCUUUUUUAAAAGAAAUUGCAAAUAAGAACCCUGUGGAUUUUAUUAUUAUUUUGUUUGUCAUAAAUAAGCUAAAGUAGAUAUGUUUUAGGUUAACCAUACCUGUGGAAAUAUGCAACUGGAAGUCAGAGGCUGACAUCAUAGUUUUGCCAAAGAGAGAGAGAGCUAAGAUGGAAGGUAUGUUUGAUAUUUUCAGCUCUAAACAAUGAGUGCUUGUGUAGACUAAGUAUAGUGUUCAAAUUGAAUUAACAGUUCACAGAUAGAAUAGGCACAGUGUCUUCAACUGAUGGAAGAUCAACCCCACAGUGAAGUAGAAAUCAUUAUUGUUUUUCUAUUUUCCUUGAUCCAUUCAAAAGAUCAGACUCUGCUUUUUAGGAUUAUUUUCUCUUUUGAAGCAAAUUUUGAAUUAAUAUAGGUGAGUUUUGACCUAUAAUUCACAAAAUAUUAUAAUUCAAGCAAAAUAUAUCACCAAACUAUAUUAAAUAUUUAGAUAGUUUAUUACCCUCAAUUGUAAAUUAGUAAGUCAAAAGCUAAAAAUUUCCAUCAGUGUUAAGCUCAUUUCUUUCUACCCUAGUCAGAAACUCAUUAGAAAUUCAUUUAAAUUUUAAAUUAAGCUGGUUUAUAACCACAAUGAUUGGUAUAUUUUAUGCCCUGCUAUAGUAGUAUAUAUACUAGCCCAAAUACAAUUUGAGGCAAUCCUAUUUAACAAUUUAUUUAAAACUGGAAAAUUAACUACAUAACAACCUUCUUGAGCACUGAUUUGGUUACACAUCUUUCCCCUUGUUUCAGAGUAUUAUUUUUACUGUAACCUCUAAACUGUACAAAUUGAAAUAGAACUGAUCAAACUCACCUUCCCAUUUUGUUGUCUUCACUGUGUAAAUAUUACAAAAAGGGAUUCAAACAAUGAGUUUGAAUGUUGUUUUGUUGUUGUUGUUGUUGUUUUUUCUCUUCCCCAGACAUAUGCUCCAAUGGUAAAUAUUUUUCCUGUGUGGAAAAUGCCAUAUAACUAUUGCACUACUGUCUGUAUGGACUGCAUUGCUAUUGGGUCUUUCUGUAUGUCAAGAGUCAGGGUAUUUAUUGUUACAAAGCUUUUAUAAAUGGUUCUUUUCCUCUUGCGGAAGAUUUAUAAAGGAGCCCAAGAAGCAUUAUCAUCAUAGAAGAAAAAAAUGGAAAAAUGUUUACAGUCUCUAGCAUAUCUGUUAGUUGAAAUAGGGCCCUCAAAAAGAGUAGCCUCUCUUUCUGGAUUAUUAGAAUUUACCUGGCUAAAUGCCUUUAGCAUAAUUCUUUUUUCCUAAGGUUAAAUCUGUAAAGUCUACACAUUUUAUUACUGAAAACAAAACUAUAGAGCAUCGUUAACUAGAUAUCAAUACUGAAAGAUUUAGUCCAUUGGCUUUUUAAAAGAAUUUAUUCACCUUUUUUUUUCUUGUUGAGCCACAUUUCUUUACAACCAAUUUUUAAGCCACCAUAUUAUCCUCUGUAAACAAGGGGUGCCAGGGUUGCUUAACAGAAGAUAAUCUAAAGAAAUCCUCUGCUUCAAAGGCUUUUGACAUAAUUGGAUCCCUUUUUGAAAAUAGAGAUAAAUCCAAUUCAACUGUGUCACAGUGGAGCAAUAAUGCUACUGUUGCAUGAAUCAAUCAUACAAAGCAGGUGAUGAGGUUUGUCUGACUUCUUUUAGUGACAUUUCAGGGUUUGCCUUUUUUCCCCUCUCUUGUUUUGUAUUCUUUCAAACUUAGUAAAUUCAUUCUUUUCCAGCCAGAGUGGUAUUCUGUUUUCUCUAAGCCUUUAAUAUACAAAAAUGGCUAUUCAAUCAUAUUGAUGAUAAAUUACUUUCCAUGUGAACCUUUUCAAAAUGAUUUAAAUACCUUUUGGGUUUGCUCCCUAAAAAUGGCUUGUGUCUAAAAUGACUUUUCUCUUUAAAGGGUCCUAAUGAAAGAGAGUUGUGCAUACAAACUUGUAUUAAAUAUAUUGAAAGCAAUUUCAUUACAUCUAUAUCUCAAGUUGUAAUGAGGGGAAAGUUUGGUUAGUGCCUUACCAAUGAAGACCAAUUUUAGGGCAUUGAGUAUGACAAUAAUCAUUUGCCCUCUUACUUCAGGAGUGUGCUAUCCCUCUCUCCACCAGCUUAAUCUUACAGCAGGACUAAGGAAGUCUGUACAGAUACUGCCAGGUACUUGUUGCAGUCCUCCUUGGUUUUUGAGUCUUUUUUACACAAGUUUUGUCCCUGCUUCUGUCCUUUCCAGAUAGGAGAUUAAAAAUAAAUCCACUGAGACCCUUAAAAACAACUUGGAAGAACAUCCAUCCAGCUGAGUUCAUUCUUUAUUUUAUUGUCUUGAGCAUAGGUUUAAUGAUAAGGCCUUUUUGGAAAACCCCUAAAAAAUAAGGUGCAUCCAGAAAUAUUUUUUUGGGUUUUAUUAAAGUAUUGAAAUCUUGUAAUGAGUCCCUUUGGGCAGAAAUGAGAUGUAUUUCUAUUCAGUCUUAUACUUAAAGAAGACCCAGAUUGAACAAGCCUACCAGUUAUUAUUUGCCAAAAAUAGUAUACAAGAAAGUAAUUCAACUCCAGUACACACAUUAAAGGGAAUUUAAGAGACUAGACUCAAUUUCUCAGUGAAAGAAAAGCUUAGAAAUAAUCUGCUUUUCUGAGCUAUUAGACCUAGUGCUGCUGUUUUUUAUCUGUGUCAAGAUGCUGUUUUCACAUUUUUAAAAGGGCUAGUAUGUUCCAGAAUAGGCCAGUAGAUCUAUAAUCUUUAAACCCAAAUGAAAGGGUUAACUGGUCCUUGAGGGUUAUUAGCGGAAUUUAAAUUUUUAUUCUAGUCAUUUGGACCGCAAAGCAGUGGUGGGAUUUUUAAAAAUGUAAUUAGAGUGUUUUAGGGUAGAACUUCUUUCCUUAAAAAAACUAUAAAUACUAGCUGUGCUUUAGAACCAGGUGACAAAUACUGUUUUCCCUGAAGAUACCAACUAGAACUACUAACAAAUAUAGUCCAAUAAUUAUUUUUACAUGUGACUGUAAAAUAGCAGCUGAUAAGUCACCAAAUUCUCAAGUGUUUCUGUACCUUAUUGACAUUGUUUGACAAACUACUGAAAUAUAUGUGUGUGGAGAGGCUGGUGAUCUGGUUCACAACAUAAUCUAAAGGAAAUCAAACAUCUGUAGGGAUAGCUACCCAAUGACGAUAAUACACAGGAAAACACAAGCCAUUUUUAUUCUUCUUUAUCCCAAUCAACUUGAGGUAUUCUAAUGAUGAAGCAUUCAAUUGCACUAUGACCUUCUUAAGUGAUGUGCAACUUGGUUCCUCUCUCACUUUUUGUUUCUUUUUAAUAUGCAGAUGUGAGUGUGAUCUUCAGUGUGUUUGCAUAAACUAACUUACAAUGAAUUUAAGCUUUCUGAAAUAUUUCUAUUGAAAUAAAUCACUAAAAAUUA